UCAGCUUUAGUCAUAGUGAUCACAUAGAAAGCUUUUCUCAAAAUUCAGUUGGGCUGUUAACGACUGUGGUUUUAGAAGCUGACUCUGAUUCGCAUAAAAGGGGUUGGUGGCAUUCAAAGACGUGGCUGUGGACUUCACCCAGGAGGAGUGGGGCCUCUUGGACCAUCCUCAGAAGGAGUUGUACAAGGGGGUCAUGCUGGAGAAUGCCCAGAACCUGCUCUCCCUGGGGCUGCCAGUUCCCAGAGAAGACGUGAUCUCUUACUUUGAGCAAAGGGAAGCCCCAUGGAUGCUGGAGCAAGAAGGCCUGAGGAGCUGCUGUCCAGAAGGAGAGAUCAGCCUGGAAAUGAAAGAAACUACUACAGAACUAACCCUUUCUGUAGAAGAAACUCACAAGCAAAGAUUCAUGAGUGAUGACUUCAAUUGGAGAGAAGUCUGCACAACACCUGAGAGUAUUGACGCUGGAGAGAAACCGUAUGACUGUAAUCAAUGUGGAAAGGGUUUUACAGAGAAGAAAUAUCUGAUUGCAGAUCAGAGAAUCCACGCUGCAGAGAAAUCUUAUAAAUGCCAUCAGCGUGGAAAGACAUUUACAUGGAAGGAUGGUCUUCUUCAACAUCAGACGUUCCACACUGGAGAGAAAUCUAAUAAAUGCAAUCAUUGUGGAAAUGCUUUUAUACAGAGGGCUCAUCUUAUUGUACAUCAGAGAGCAUACUCUGGAGAGAAACCUUUUGAUGGUAAUCUGUGUGAAAAGGCUUUUAGAGAGAAGAGAUGUCUUGUUGCACAUCAGAGGAUACAUAGUGGAGAGAAACCUUAUGAAUGUAAUCAAUGUGGACAAACUUUUAAACAGUGGGAAAGUCUUAGUCUGCAUCAGAGAAUCCACAUUAGAGAGAAACCUUAUAAAUGUGAUCAAUGUGGAAAGGCUUACAGAUGGAAAGACAGUCUUGUUGAACAUCAGAGAAUCCACACUGGAGAGAAACCUUAUAAAUGUAAUCAAUGUGGAAAGUCUUUUAGAGGUAGGAAGUCUAUUGGUGAACAUCAUAGGAUCCACACUGGAGAGAAACCUUAUGAAUGCAAUCAAUGUGGAAAGGCUUUUACAAGGAGGGCUCGUCUUAUUAUGCAUCAGAGGACCCACACUGGAGAGAAACCAUAUGAAUGUUAUCAAUGUGGAAAGACUUUUACACGAAUGGAUGGCCUUAUUAAACAUCAAAGAAUUCACACUGGAGAGAAACCUUAUGAAUGUAAUCAAUGUGGAAAGACUUUUACAUGGAAGCGCAGUCUUGUUAGACAUGAAAGAAUCCAUAAUGGAGAGAAACCUUAUGAUUGUAAUCAAUGUGGAAAGACUUUUAGAUUGGAGAGAUGUCUUACUGCUCAUCUGAGAAUCCACACUGGAGAGAAACCUUAUGAGUGUAAUCAAUGUGGAAAAGCUUUCAGAUGUAUGUCCAGUCUUACUGAACAUCAGAAAAGCCAUACUGAAGAAAAAUGUUAUAAAUGUAAUUAUUGUGGGAAGACUUUUACAUGGAAGUGCCGUCUGGUUAGGCAUGAAAGAAUCCAUAAUGGAGAGAAACCUUAUGAUUGUAAUCAAUGUGGAAAGACUUUUAAAUUGGAGAGAUGUCUUACUGCUCAUCUGAGAAUCCACACUGGAGAGAAACCUUAUGAGUGUAAUCAAUGUGGAAAAGCUUUCAGAUAUAUGUCCAGUCUUGUUGAACAUCAGAAAAGCCAUACUGAAGAAAAAUGUUAUAAAUGUAAUUAUUGUGGGAAGACUUUUACAUGGAAGUGCCGUCUGGUUAGGCAUGAAAGAAUACACACUGGAGAGAAACCUUAUGAGUGUAAUCAAUGUGGAAAAGCUUUCAGAUAUAUGUCCAGUCUUGUUGAACAUCAGAAAAGCCACACUGAAGAGAAAUGUUAUAAGUGUAAUCAUUGUGGAAAAACUUUUACAUGGAAGCGCAGUCUUGUUAGACAUGAAAGAAUCCAUACUGGAGAGAAACCUUAUGACUGUAAUCAAUGUGGAAGGGCUUUCAGAUUGAAGAGAUGUCUUAUUGCUCAUCUGAUAAUCCACACUGGAGAGAAACCUUAUGAUUGUAAUCAAUGUGGAAAGUCUUAUACAUAUAAAGAGGGCCUUGUUAAACAUCAGAGGAUCCACACUGGGGAGAAACCU